AUGUCAAAGAAAUUUAAUAUUCGUGAAUGGGUUUUAUCUGUUAAAUAUUGGUCAUUAUUAUUCAUUCCUCAUAUAGCAAUUACUUUAAUUUUUCUAAUAUAUGUAUUCAUUGGUACAAGUAUUAUUCAAGAAAUUGAAUCAGAAGGAUCAGAAAAUUCUUCAAUAAUAAAAAAUCUUCAAAAAGAACGCGAACGUCUUUUAUUGAAAAUAAUUGAAAAAAGACAAACAGUAGAUGUACAACAAUAUGCAAAAUAUGUUUAUAAACAUAUUCGCCAAUACGAAACUGAAUUAAUGAAGCAGUACAAUUUUGAAGAAAACUUAACAUGGAAUUUUUCAAAUUCUUUAUAUUUUAUUGGUACAACUUUAACAACAAUUGGUUCAAAUGAAUUUACACCGAAAACAAAUAUAGGAAAAUUAUUUUCAAUAAUUUAUACUGGAUUUGGUAUUCCAUUAACAUUAGUUUUCUUAACAGAUUUAAGUUAUUUACUUCAAGAAUUAAUUGAUUAUAUUUCAUUUAUUAUUUUAUAUAUAUAUUCAUCAAAAUAUUUUCUUCGUAUACGUCAUUUUGGUUUUGUUUACUCUCUUGAAAGACAACUUUCUACUUUAGUUGAAGAAAAUAAUAAAUAUUCAAAUAUUGAAACAAAACUAACACCUAUACAAUUAAUUCUAACACUUUUUAUUUAUAUUCUUAUUGGUACUUGGCUUGUACCAUCAAAAUCGUUUUUUGAUAGUAUUUAUAUUUGUUUUACAACUAUAUUUACAAUUAAUUUUAAUCGAAAAUUUAAUGAAGAAAAACAUUUCUUUUUUACAACUAUUUAUUUAUUAUUUGGUAUCGCAAUUGGAUUAUUAUGUAUAAAAGCUGUGAAAAUAAAAAUAGAAAUUUAUUUAGUUAAUUGUGGAAAUAAAUUACUUCGAAAUCUUGUAGAAUUUACUCAACAAUUAGGUUAUCACAAUAUAAAUACAGAUGAUUUAUUAGCAAAUAAUAAUAUGAAUUGUUAUUUUUUGAAAGGAUCAAAUCAUAAAAGAAAUUCAGGUCGAGAACGUUCAAAUUCAGACGACACUCUAAUGAUUUUACGUCCAGUUGGUAUAGCAGAACCAUUUCGUCGUCUUUCAAAUGGUAUUAUUCGAACAUUGAAACAUAAUGAUAAUGAAAACGAUAAAUAUUUGGAUAAAAGUGUUCAAGUUAGUACUAUUAUUCGACGAUGUGGUCGUUGUGCUGAAACAACAUUACCAAUAUUACCAGUUCGACGACAUAGUAUUCUUUCAAGUUCAUCAUCUUCCAUGGGUGAUAAUAGUUCAGGUGGUGAUGAUGAUGAUACACUCGAUGUUCCACCACCACCAAAUAUGGAUCGUAUACGUCAAAGACGUGCAACACUUGUAGCAAAAACGAUCAUUAAUCAAAUGGCUACACAACCAAGAUCAUCAUCAACUGAAGAUAUGAUACCACCAUUAACACUUUCAAAUCAUCGUCGUACAUCAUCGAAUUCAUCAUUAAAUUCUGUAACAUGUUCAAUAAAAGUAUCAUCAUCUCCUUCGCCUGAAGCUCAUCGUAAACAACAUAAACAUACUCAAGAAGAAUUUUCACAACUUUCAAAACAAAUUGCAGCAUUAUUAACUGCCAGUGACGAUGAAAAUUAA